AUGGCUGAUCAGGAGGUGGUGACUGAUCAGGUGUGGGAGUUGGCUGGCGGCGGGACUUAUCUCUUCUCAGGAGUGGAUGACGAUGAUGCAGCAUUACUCGUGGGAGUGACUGUCGGCGACGACGGCGUGGAACUUGCUGUAGCCGAUACAGAAGACGAUGUAGAGAUUGUCUCUGCAGUCACAGAAGAAGAGGAGGAUGUGCUUGUCGUGGAUGAUAUCGGUGUGGCGUAG